GCGGCGGGGCGGGGCCGGGCCCUGUGCGCCGGCGAUGGCGCCGGGCGGCGCCCGGAGCUGCGCGGGAGGUUCCGGGCGGAGCGGGAGCUUCCGGGAGCGGCCGGGCUGAGGAGGAGGAGGAGGAAGAGGAGGAUGAAGAAGGAGCAGGUGGCGCACUGCCAGUUCUCCGUGUGGUACCCGCUCUUCAAGGCCGUCACCAUCCGCAGUGUUAUUCUUCCCCUGCCAGAGAAUGUGAAAGAGUAUUUGCUGGAUGAUGGAACACUGGUGGUUUCUGGAAGAGAAGAUCCGCCAAGUCAUGCUCAGGAGGGGAGUGAUGAUGCAGAGGAGAUACAGUGGUCAGAUGAUGAGAACACUACAACACUUAAGGCACCAGAAUUUCCUGAGUUCACAGCUAAAGUUCAGGAAGCAAUAAGUUCCUUGGGUGGCAGUGUUUUUCCCAAACUCAACUGGAGUGCUCCAAGGGAUGCCUACUGGAUAGCAAUGAACAGCUCUCUGAAAUGUAAAGCUCUCAGUGACAUCUUCCUCCUCUUCAAGAGCUCAGACUUCAUCACUCGUGACCUCACUCAGCCAUUUAUUCACUGUACUGAUGAUUCCCCUGAUCCUUCCUUGAACUAUGAGCUUGUUCUUCGCAAAUGGUGUGAACUAAUCCCUGGUGCAGAAUUCAGAUGCUUUGUCAAGGAAAACAAGCUUUUAGGUAUAUCACAGAGGGACUACACCCAGUACUACGAUCAUAUCUCUAAGCAGCAUGAGGAGAUCUGUAGAUCCAUACAGGAGUUUUUCAAGAAACACAUACAAUAUAAAUUCUUGGAUGAAGACUUUGUUUUUGAUGUGUACAGAGACAGCAGGGGUAAGAUUUGGUUAAUAGAUUUUAACCCAUUUGGUGAAGUAACAGACUCCCUGCUCUUUACAUGGGAAGAACUCACCUCUGGAAAAAACUUAAAAGGAGACCAGAGUGAAGGGGAAGCAACAGAACAGGACUAUCCAGUGUUCCGUUGUACCAACAGCAAAGUCACCGUGCAGCCCAGUCCCUACCUGAGCUACCGACUGCCCAAGGACUUUGUGGACCUUUCCACAGGAGAGGAUGUUCACAAAUUGAUUGACUUUCUGAAACUGAAAAGAAAUCAGCAAGAGGAUGACUGAGGUACCCAGGAGCAUUACGUUGAAUUACAAGCAAGAAACGUGACAAAAUCUGUAUUUAGCAUAACUAUUAAACUAUUGAUUUAAAGAAAACCUGCUUUUUAUAGUCAAUGAAAGAACUGAAAAGCUGCUCAUCCCCAGUGUCUGCUGGUUUAUACAAAAGUGUAGGGAAGCUUUUUCAGGGAAACAUGAAAGGUCAGGGUGAGUUCUCACUGGAUUCCAGGUGCAAAGAAGCAACAGCCUGAGUGCAGCUGAACGAGUGCUUUCCAUUUCUCAUAAUGUGAAGAUUGAUGCCACUGAGCUAUGCCUUCCGACUCCCCAGUGUAAAUGUGGCAACGUGUAAUGCUUGUGCAGUGAAAACAUGGAGCAUUCUCUGCAUUUAGGCACUGUCUUGCUUAAUAUGUAGUCACAAAGCAAAAGGAAUGUACAUUUUUAUCUGUAGUAACCUUUUAAAAUUGUAAAUUGAUUUUGUUUUGGGAGUGCUUCUCAUCCUUUAUGUAAAAAAGAAAUUAAAAAUUGAGAAGGGAUUUUUUUUCUUUGUUAAAAGGGCUAAUAUUUCAUUUCAGAGAACAGCUAUAGCUGUAGUAAACUACUUAAAGUUUGAAAAUUUUACAUAUUGGGAAUUUGAAAUUCUGAAUGCAUUUAAAGUAAAGUAAUAUUUUCACAGUUGCCAAAGUGAAAUGAAAUUCAUUUAACUUCACCAAAUUUCAAUUCAUUUCAUAGUAAAGCUUUCUUGAAACCUGUUUAACAUGAUUACAUACUAUUCAUCAUCUGUGACUUUAAUCUACAUAAUUAACAUCAACCUAUAAUUUUAUAUACAGACUCAGUCUUGUUUCUUUUGUGUCACAUCUCGGAGUUUCUUACGAAAGCAAUUAUUCUUUCAGCUCUUAAAAUUCUGUAUUCAUUUGAUACUUCAUGUUUUUUGUAUAAAGGGAAGCUUGGCUAAAUCUGGGGAAACAGAAGCUCUUGUUACCAAUUGCUGUUGUUUGGGAGGUGGGGGAGGACAGUUUUAGGUGAAUCACCAGCUGACUUUUGGAUAUAGGUGUUGUUUGUAUGGCAUCAGUAAUUUAUUAACAGGGUGCAGAGUUCCCAUUGAAAUGAAAGGACAUUUGAAGAAGCUCAUAACCCCUGGAACCUGGUUCCUAUUUCAAACCAGUUAUGUGAUACUGUGUGUGUGUGUGUGUGUAUAAAGCUGUUGGUGUUUCUUUGCCUUGCUUUUGCUGUCAGAUUGGAAUGGUGCUUGGUUACAAUCUGUUCUUGGACGUUAAAUCUGAGCUAUGUUGUUAAA